AUGUUACUACUAUUCGUUCUCACACAUUUAAUUGUCUUCAUAACAGCCAAUCCACACCAUAAAUACCCGUACGUUUUUCUUCUCGACGUCGGCAAUGAAGAGAUAGAUAAAAGUGAUAUUGAGCAAAUCAGAUUGACUGUUCCUGGAGGGUCAAUGGCUGUGAAGUACCCCGCUGAGGGUGAUGGUGACUUGAUAGGGCACGUCAGAAUAACUGCUAUCGAUUUUGGGAUUGAUUUAAAAGCUAGCAUCGCUGAAGGCGGCCCUGGGUACAAAUAUGUAGUGAUAGUCUUUUCUGGUAAUCCAGGGAAAUCUUAUGACGCUGUUGUUUCCAUACAAACGCUGCCAGCUGAUGAUGUUGAUGACGUUAAGAGUGAUGAUGAUGAUAAUAAUAAUGAUCUGUCAAAUGGCGCUGAUGAUGAGACUGAUGAUAACAAUAAUGAAGACACUAUCCAAGACGAUACUGGUUCGGAAUCGAUGUACGUAACCAAUAGCCAAUCUGAAGUGAUGCAAUCCACUUCCAAUGUUUAUAAAUAUGCUGUCAACGACGUCUCUGUUUCUGGAAUGCAAGCGUCAGAUAACGAUUUACAUGAAUAUGAUGGAAAUGAACAGGAAGAGAUCAAUGUAAAUAGUGAUGAUUACGCCAAAGAAAAUACUUAUACAAAAGACGAUUCUUCCGAAAGUGAUUCAUCUGUUGCCGCUAGUAAUACACUGUCCGAUAAAUAUAUAGCUUUUAAGCCUCACAUCUACGGAGGUAUUAGAUUUUACCCUCAAGCCGCGGUUUACACCCAAGAUACUUAUGAACAGAAUGAUAACACGCCUUUAUCAUUCGAUGAUGGUAACCAAAAUGAUUAUAAAUCUAAUAACAACCAAGUCGACGAUGAUGAUGCUUUGACUGUAGAUUAUUGA